AAUCUGUCUGUGGCAGACUUUUUAAUGUGUCUCUACUUGUUCCUCAUCGCUGGUCACGAUGUAGCUUUCCGUGGAGAAUAUAUUCGUCAUGACGUCACUUGGAGGCAUAGCUGGCAGUGUACUUUGGCAGGAAUGCUGAGCACCAUCAGCAGCGAAGCUUCUAUUUUUAUUAUGAGUAUUAUUACAGCUGACAGGUACCUGUCAAUUGUUUAUCCUCUCAUGCUAAGACGUCGAACUCUACUCUUCGCCGGAUCCUGUGUCGCAGCAAGCUGGACAGCCGCUGUCACAAUCGCCAUUCUGCCCGCCCUGAAUCUCGGCUACUUUGGAGAUGAAUUCUAUGGCAAUAAUGGCGUCUGUCUGCCACUGCAAAUACAUGAUCCUUUUUCUCGCGGAUGGGAGUACUCAUUGAUAGUGUUCUGCGGUUUGAACUCUGUCGCAUUUAUAUUCAUAUCCUAUGCUUAUGUUACGAUGUUUAUAACAAUAAGUAGAUCAAAGCUUGGGUUAAGAUCUUCACAACAACAGCAAGACAGAACAAUUGCCAAACGUUUCGCUUUCAUUGUAGCAACGGAUCUUUUAUGCUGGGUCCCCAUCAUCGUUAUCAAGAUCUUGGCUAUUGCAGGAGUAAAAAUAUAUUCUGAGCUGUACGCAUGGGUGGCAGUUUUCAUGCUGCCUAUUAAUUCAGCUUUGAAUCCUGUUCUUUAUACACUAACUACAAAACUAUUCAAGCAACAACUUGCAAGAAUAGUAUAUACUUGGCGAGCCGGAGGAGUGCCUGUUGCGAGUCCAGCAGACUCAUCUGGCAUCUCAUUAUCUUCCGUUCCAUACAAUGCUAGAUGCUCGAAGAAUAGCGUCUCUAUUACUACGUCCGAU